GAAGUUCACCGUAGUCAGAGAAGAAGUACGCGACAAUCGCGACAGAUAGGAUGAGUGGACCUCGUCAGUGUGAAGCUCGCAGCUUCAAUGAAAAGUGUCCGCGGCCACCUGUACCCGGAGGAGAAACGGAAAAGUUCACGAGUGCAUGUUAUCCUCAGAGUCCAGCUUUAACACCUAGACGUUCGUCUCUUGUCCGCCCAUCCUUUUCAAAUCCUUAUGAUGCUUCUGCACCUUUGGGAUUUGAACCAGAAGGUUCCUGUGGAACGACCACCAUGGGGCGAGAAUCACCUCCGGCGUGUCUUCGAUGGGCCAAAAAUCUCCACAACCUGCUCCACGAUCCCGAGGGUCUUGAGCUUUUCAGGAAGUAUUUGGACCAAGAAGGAAGGCCACACGUCAAUCCCCUCAAUUUCUGGUUUGCUUGCGAAGGCCUCAAAAGGCAACGAGAUUCCAAACAAAUAUACGAAUUGAUCAAGCUCAUUCAUGGCAGGUUUUUCGUCAAAUCGCAGCUACAAAUACCGGAGGAAGUGCGGAAGGAGGCGAAUCGCAGAGUGAAGGAGGGUCUAGUCGAUAAGCAGGUGUUUGAUGCCGCGCAACAGGAGGUCGAGCAUCUCAUUAACGAGACGACAUAUCCGAAUUUUCUCAAAUCCGACACGUACAUUCAGUAUGUUCAAUCCUGCCAGAAUCCAAAUCCGGGCGAAUGUCCCAGUCCAGGAUCAAGCCGCGAAAUGUCCCUCGCUUGCGGCCCCAGUUUGUCGACAGUUUAUGAAGACGUCGAGUGUAGCAGCCCGCUGCAGAGUCCUCACCUCACCAGGCUAGCAUCAGUCAAGAUGUUGAGUGGCGAGAUCAAACUGACCAAGGACACCCUCAAAUCCUCCCAGGACAUGAGGGCUUUCGACCUCAAACGCCGACCGGAAGCUUUUGCUGGCAUUUACUUACAACCUGGAGUUAAUCCCUACCAUGUGACCAGAACGCACGCUCAAUAUUGCUCAUACAACCCAGUAUCCAGAUACGAUUCCGAAUUGCAGAGUGUCAGUAGCGAUGCUCGAUCCGAAUCUGACACUAUGUCGCUCCACAGUUCCUCCAUCGAUGGAAUCUCGAUGAGCCGAUCAGUGAAAAGUAAAAGACAGUCGAAUCGGGAUUAUCGGGAGAUCAAGGAGAGUGCAAAACUGAAUCGCGAUUCCUUCGACACAGUGAUUCCCCGAACGCAGCGCAUCAAUCGCGACGUUAAUCAGCCGAAGGAGCCGCAGAGGUUCGCCGAGGACUUGAUAAAAAGACUGGAGGUCGUGAAACGGCAGCAGGACAGCGGCGAGAGGCUCAGUCGACAUCUGCAGGAUCCCGAGUUGGAAAGUGUCUGUUCGGGGCCCGAUUUUGGCGAGCCGCUCAUCAUAAAUGCCGCUGAGGCUCAAGGCGGCGGCGGUGGCGGCGUUGGCAGCAGUAUCUCGUUGACUGAUCAGCUCCGACAGAAGCUCCUCAUUGACGACGAGUCCGUGCAAUCGAUUCUCGACAAUCACGUGACCCGGGUCUUCUCGAACGACCAGACACCGCUGAGAUCGCCCGGUCUGAUCUCGCCGAGGCGACACUCGCCCGAGCGAAGACACACAAACAUGCAUCAUGCCCAGUCGAGGUCGAGCAAGACGCGCAGAGACAACGAUGUCUUCUCGACAUUCUCGAUGGACAGUGGCAAUGUCCAGGACUUUCUGCCAGAAGGAAGUGAUCUCAUGGGAGCAAACUCGAUGCGCUCGCUUGGCUCACAUUUGCCCAAGUCCAAAUCCGUACCAUCCGAUUAUGCCGAUUCCCUCCAUAAACAGGAUCUUUAUUUGCAAGAUCGCGACUCGAGAUUCAGAAAACCGGAAAUGGCUAGAAGAUCUGGGACGAAGAAAUCGCUGACUGAACUGGCCGACAGCGGUGUCAGUCUUCUCAGCGAAGGGUCCUCUCUACCUCGAAACAGGCACCACCUUCAGGCCUGGCGCAAAAGCAAUGACAAGGUCUCGGAAGUCAAACACAAGCCGCAGCUAAAUUUUUAUGGUUUUCGAAGCGAAUCGCUCGAGAGGACGAAUCAGUACAUGAUUGAACCGGCUCAACCGUUUGUCGCUGAUCCGAUGAUGCCACCUCUUCCCCAACCCAACACGGAAUCGCAGAUAGAGGAAGCGAGGCGAAGGUUAACUGUGCUAGAUGAAGCCUCUUCCUCCUCUUCGUCUUCGCGAGAGCGAGCCGGCGCCAAGCAAAGACAUCCUAGCCAUCCUAGCCAUCCUAGCAACCGACAAGUGAACGAACCGUUGAGGCAAAAUAAUAAUAAUAAUAAUAAUAAUAAUCCUCCCUGCUCGCAGUCGAACCAGUCAACCUUGAGGAAAACGAGGCAGGAUGAAAAGGAUUUCACCACUGUUGUGUUCAACUUUUGCGACGAGAGUCUCCCGUACAGGACCAAAAUACCUGGGCGAAAUGUUACUUUGAAACAGUUUAAAGAGGUCCUUCACAGGAAAGGCAGCUAUAGGUAUUUCUUUAAGACGGAGUGCGAGGAUUUGGACGUGAAAGUAAUUCAAGAGGAGAUAACUGAAGAUUCCGAAAUUUUGCCUCUGUGGGAAGGCAAAAUUUUCGCCGAAGUCAAGUCACUCGAAUAGGGUAAAAUAAAUUUUUCGUCACGACAGUCAAAACAAGCAAUCAACGCGCAAACUUUUUUACCAGUUUAAAAAAAUAAUAAUGUGUGAAUUUCAAAAUUCCUGUAUUGUGGACGGUUGAAGACACGGUAUUUUUUUUUUUUACAUUUUUUUUUUACGUUUUCUAUUGGAUUACGAGACGUGCAUCUUUUCUACAUUUCGCGGAAUGUAAAUUAAAGUAUGUUGAACUAGGAAAUCGAGCGACAAAGAAUCAGGGUAUCUAUUAAUUUUGUGAAUAGAAUUCAUUUGUACAAUCUGCGCUAUUGAGAUUUUUAUCUAUUUUUUUUGUUGUUUUGUUUUGUUUCAUUUACAGAUUUUGUACUUGAUUACGGUAGACAAUUUUGUGGUCGAAAAAAAGGCUUGUUUUCUCUCUCUCUCUCAAAUGGCACGCCUCAUGGUCACUUUUC